AUGCAUUCCCCGUCAUCUGAUCGACCUGGUGGCUACCCGGCUACCUCUCCCCUGGACAGGCCUCGUGUUCCUACAGCCCAAGGUGACCGCGCCUACGCCGGCUCAUACUUCCCACCACAGGAUUCCCCAGCAGUUUCUCAACCAAGAAGUACCUACGAUGCGAGCCCCAAGGACACCGGGUCUUCCUACCGAGACCAGCGCCCACCGACAGGAUCCGGCCUGAUGCCAGCAGCGACGACGUCGAGUACAACAAACUCGGAAGGAGUGCCGUCAAAAGACGGCCUCGGCCCCAAGAUAUGGACCGGCACGCAAUUUCUUCCGCGAUUUGUCAGAGCUGCUGAGGUCCCUGGGGAAGGCUUGUGCUACUUUUACGAUGACGGCAGUCACUGCAAGACAGUCAUCGAUGGCGAGGCAGUCAAUGCUCACUGGGGGGUGACAAAGGCAGGGAAGCCGAGAAAGCGACUGGCCAUUGCGUGCGUGACGUGUCGAGAGAAGAAGAUCAAAUGCGACCCGGAUUACCCUCGAUGUGUGCAGUGCGAGAAGUUUGGCAGAAUUUGCAAAUUCAAGAAUGCACCUCGAGGCGGCCACAACACGUCCUCUUCAACGCCCCCCGCAGAGCCGGAAGACAUGCGGCGAUUGGGAGGCCCGACCAACCCGAACGAUUUGCACCGACCUGGCAGCAACUCCAGCGCCUCGGUGUCUCCUCGAACUACUCUACGGCAGCCCAGUCCAGAGCCGCCCAUGUCUCACAAGAGGAUGCGCCUGGGCUUCGACUCUUAUUCACCCAUGGCGAACGCGCCGUCGUCGAUGAAUCGUACGCCCGAAGCGGCAAAGGCCAGCAUCUCAUGGCAGCAUCGUCAGCCUAUUGAACUCCCUCCCCUUCAUGGGGAGGUGCUCAGCCGAGCAUGGCAAACAGAUCCGUAUGUGUCCGACCCUGAAGCAAUUAGCACCAUCAUCUCCUCCUUCUUCGUACACACCGACAGCACCAUGGCCCUUCGUUUCUUGCCCGAAACAGCGUUCAAAUCCUGGGUGACCGGUAAUGCUCAUAUCAAGUCUCCAGAAGACCGGAUGCUCAUCUAUAGCAUCCUCGCCGUCGGUGUCGCCAUGUCAGGGGGGCCCAAGGCCAUUGCCCAUGAGUACGCCCAAAUCGUAAGCUACGCACAGCGACGAGCCGCCACCGGCAUUCAACUUGUGCAGGCGCGUCUUCUCCUAGCGCUGUACUUCCUUUCGGUUUCCAAACCAACCGAGGCGAUUGAGAUCUUAUGCACAGCCAUCUCGACCGCAAUAUCGCUCCAGCUCAACCUCGAACUCGAGAAGUCUGUCGAAGCGGGCUUAACGACAUUUCCAUACAAUCUCAGGAGAGCCGGAUACGCAGAGACCCGAAGGCGGACGUAUUGGGCAUGUUUCGAGCUGGAGCGCCUCAACGGAGUGUUCCCGAAUCGACUCAGUACAUUGAACACCAAAGACAUUUUUAUCCGCCUGCCAAGCCAGGUCGAGACUUUCGAGAGCCAGGAAGAGUCCGACGCACCUCUCUUCGCGGCAGAAAUACUGCGCUCGUCCAAGUCCCUCGAGAAACCAUUGUGCCUCUCGUCGUACCUUAUCCAGGUUGUGGUCAUUUGGGCGGAGGCCAUGUCUGAUGUGUACAGAACCGCACACAGCCCGCACUCGGCCAAGGCCAAGGACGUGGCUGCUAUGGUCGAAAGCACGGCGGAGAGACUGAUCAGCUGGCGUGGAUCUCUUCCCGAACGGUUCCAGUACAACCCGGGCAACAUGGAUUUGGCCGCUCAAGACGGUACUCUGAGCACGUUUCUCACAAUCCAUCUGGUUUACCACCACGGGUUGGUACAACUCCAUCGACACGUCUCGACACAAGAAAUCGCAACGGGAAUUCGGCUGCAGUACCUGACACGCAUACACGAGGAGGCAACGCAUGUUCUAGACAUUACAGGCAUGCUAGAGGUGCUGCUUCAAGCCCGGCGGGCUCCGAUCAGUGCACCGCCUCUAUUCAUGAGCUACGUCAUCCUGGAGGCAGCUGACGUUCUGACGGCGGAGGGGUCCUUGGACGAAAUCUCGGUUCUCCUGGAUCGGCUUGCUGUCGCAAGCGCCAUCGUCGACGCUGCAAGCACCGUAUGGAAAGAAGCUGAGGCGCAUCAUUCUGCAUUGGAAAGGCGUCUUGAUGCGCUGCGUGGUCUGCAGGAUCGCCUGCCCACCGAAGUGCCUCAAGCUGGCGGCAGGGUGUUUGGUCACGAGGACGAAAGCAAAGACAAUAUACUGCCUAUGGGGAGGUGCUGGCAGUUGGACGAUCCAAUGGACACGACGUUCCCUAGAAGUAUGGAUCUCGUAUACGGACGAAGCUGA